AUGGGUCCGCAAGCCCGCCAGUUCCAGAAGGCUUUGGAAAAGACCAAGCCUUCGGCUGUUGUCGAGCAGCCUGGAACCAGGCUGGAAACCAAGUUCGAGGCCAAGUUGAAGCUGUUCACGCCACCUCCGCCGCUGCCGCGCCCCACUACGAGCCCGCCCCCCCUCGACAGGCGGAUAUACCGCCGCGCCCUCAUAGUUGGGAUCAUCGGAUUCGACCAGGCAUGGUUCAAACCCUGGCAAAGUUUGGAUCGGAGGUUUCCCGACCAAGAUGCCCGCUUCUGUCAUGCACCACUGCGCCCGGGCCAUCAUUGCGGAGAUGCCGCGCGACGAGGAGCUCCACGCUGA